CUUGGGGAGUGGACUGAUUACACACAUCGUGCAGAACUGUGCAAGCAGCGCCAUGGCAAAGCGAGUAGCAAUUAUUCUCUCGGGCUGCGGAGUCUACGAUGGCACAGAGAUCCACGAGGCCUCCGCUGUCCUCGUCCAUCUGAGUCGCGCUGGAGCCCAAGCACAGAUGUUUGCACCAAACCAAGAUCAGAUGCAUGUUAUCAAUCAUUGUGAGGGGAAGCCUUCAGAUGGCAAAAGAAACGUCCUGCAGGAGAGCGCCCGAAUUGCCAGGGGCGACAUCGUGGAUUUGGCCAAGUUAGAUGUUUUAGCGUUCGAUGCUGUCAUCAUCCCUGGUGGUUUUGGUGUGGCAAAAAACCUCAGUGAUUGGGGCAUGAAGACUAAGGACUUCACCAUCAAGCCAGAGGUGGAGAAGACCCUCAAGGAUUUCCACAAAGCGGGAAAGCCGUUGGCCAUGUGCUGCAUCGCUCCAGUCCUUGCUGCCAAAAUCCUGCCUGGUUGUGAGCUCACAGUGGGCCAAGACAAAGAGAGUGACGUGUGGCCGUACGCCCAGACGGCCGGCGCCUUACAGGAGAUGGGCUGCACGCAUGUGAAUAAAGAAGCGGAGCAAGCGCAUGUCGACGUCAAACACAAACUCGUCACCACUCCGGCUUUCAUGUGCAACGCUCCCAUUCACAAGAUCUUUGAUGGAAUCGGCGUCAUGGUUAAAGAAACACUGAAACUUGCUUAAGAAGUCUCCACAUUCAUUUGUGUGUGUACUGCUUUGACUCUGACUAUCUCCAAAAUAAA